AAAAAAUUAUCCGCCCCGAUAUUUAGUUCGUUGACUAGUGAGACUACCCAGGCGGCGGAGCCAUAGCGAAUCAGUAUCUCUGCGGUCCGUACCCUAAUCAUUGCCUCUCGCCACAAAGAUCUUCUCCAUUCCCAAGUCACCGCUUUUCGUCAACUCAUUCAACUCACGUCAGCCUCCUCCUUCUUAGCAGGUUCUUCCCUCCUCCAAAUUGUGCUGCGACUGAUUAAACGAAUUCCUAGACAUGGAAAGUGAGGAUAUAAUCAACCUAUCUACUUCUAGUGUUUCUGACAUUGAAGACAAUGAAGAUUUUAAUUGCAAACCAAAUUGGACUCCUCUGCCUGGAGAAGCCAAUUCUAUGGAUGAGGGUGCAAAUGGAGAAAUUCCUGAAAAUGAUGGAAGUGAAGGAGACCGACUAUGUCUGGCUACAAAUGAUAGCAUGGAGUUGGACAAUAGUCAUUCUACAUUUCAAGACAGUGUUAAAUUGACUGAAACUGCUGUUGUAGCAGAGAAAGUGACUUCCUUCAGCUCUGAUGUGUGUGGUGAGAAUGGCUGUCUAACUGUUCAGGACGCAAGCAAUAUUGAUCACCCCAAGGGUUAUCAACAGCAUGACAGGAGCUCAAAGAUUGAUCCAAGUGCACUAUCUGGUGUCAAAAGACGAAGAACUUCUCUCGGAGAGGAGCAACCAUCAGUUUGCGUUAUUUAUAAUAAUCUAACCAGAGAGAGUAAACAUAAGCUUGAGGAGCUAUUGCAGCAAUGGUCACAAUGGAGUGCUGAACAUGGUCCUUCAUUACUUGAUGAAGAAGUGUUAGAAUCUGGUGAGGAGACUUACUUUCCUGCUCUUUGUAUUGGCCUGGAUAAGCCUCUUGCUGUGUCUUUUUGGAUGGAUGAUCUACCAAGGAAGAAAAAGAAUAAGGACUCCACCCUAUUUGAUGCAAACUCUGUACCUCUUUAUGACCGUGGAUUCUCAUUUACUUUGAGUUCAACAGAUGGUUCAAGUAAUUUGGAAGGAGGAUUGCAAGUAGCUAAUGCUUCUCGUUGCUUCAAUUGUGGUUCCUAUAGCCACUCGCUGAAGGACUGCCCAAAGCCCCGUGACAAUGUUGCUGUCAAUACUGCAAGGAAACAGCACCAAUUGAAAUGGAAUAAAAAUGCAGCUAAUCCUAGUCGGUAUUAUCAAAGUUCUCAAAAGGGAAAGUAUGAUGGUUUAAAGCCCGGUGUUCUUGAUCCCGAAACACGAAAACUUUUGGGGCUUGGGGAGCUUGAUCCACCUCCAUGGCUUCACAGAAUGCGGAAAAUAGGAAGUCCACCACGCUAUCUAGGUCCAGAAGAUGAGGAUCAUCCCUCAGGGAUCACGAUAUAUGGUGAUGAUGAAAUUAAGGAAGCAACUGAGGAAGGGGAAAUUCUUGAGAACUCUGCCGAACCAACUAAGGCAAUGAGCAUUGAAUUUCCAGAUAAGCCAGCAGGGCCCUCAAGUAUUACAGCUUCAAGAACUCGUUCUUACAGCAGCAGAAAUAAGUCAAAUAACCAUAUGUCAGAUACUGUAUAUAGAGGCCAUUAUCUUGAGCAGCACAGGUCUAGGGAUGCUAAUUUUGAAGACAAGGGUCCUAUAAGGGGGCGGUUUAGUGGUCUUGAAGGUGAAGGUCCUCCACACUGGCAUUUUAGUGGUCGUGAAGGUGAAGGUCCUCCACACUGGCGGUUUAGGGAUUUUGAAGGUGAAGGUCCUCCACACCGGCAUUUUAGUGGUAUUGAAGGUGAAGGUCCUCCACACUGGCGGUUUAGGGAUUUUGAAGGCAAUUGCCCUCCCCGCUCGCAAUUUGAGUUCAACAAUGAAGGACCUCCAGGCUGUGAACUUGACCCUGCGAUCAUCCCAUUGUCUUACAGAUACCGGGAUUAUGACUCCAUUAACGGUCCAAUGGAUGGUUUGGGAAGAUCAUUGCCAGACAGAUUUAGAAGAAGCCCACUAGUAGACAACCGAGAUUUCUACCACACUUCGUACCCAAGAUAUUGACAACCAUUGCUUUGCAGAGAUGGUGAAAGCAUCCAAAUUGAUUCUUUAUGGAUGCAUACAUAGUAUUCUUUAACACAGCUGCAGAGACCAAGGAUGUUAUACCUCAUUCAUUGCCACAGGUGAAUAAAACAGAGGAUUUUAGGGGUGCUUAAAUUAAGCGUUAUUAUAUGUACCUGUAAGAUUCAUUCUUGUAGCAUUUUUGCUGAAGAUUUCCUUAUAGUAAUGAGAUGUAUGUUGUAACAUUUACCUACUUGUUUUGAUGCCUAAUAUAAUGUUAUACUUUCACA